AUAUAAUAUUUCUAAAUCCACAUAUUUCACAAUAUUUUAUAAGAAUUAAUAAUAAUGAAAUAAACCACUUAAAAGGGUUAUUUUAAAUAUAUUAUCGAUGAUUUCAAAUCAUAUUCUAUGAAAGGUAGAUGCAUCCUUGCAAAACUGUGUCAGUAGGGUUUGCCUUCAAUGUCACGGUCGGAAGGUCAGUUAACUUGUAAUUCCUGUCCAAAGUGAAAUUUUUCUCAAAUCAGUUACAUUCCAUUCUACAAGAAUGUCUCGUUAUUGUACGUAGAUAUUGAGGAUGUUACUGGUGAAAGUUUUAUUUUACGUGAAUUCUCGCUUGAAAUUUUUAAAUCAUUACUAGAUAAUGAUGGAACUCAAAUCGGACAGGAGAUUCGAAAUAAUCUGCAAAAAUUUAUUAUGUGGGGGUGUAGCUGGUAUGUUAUCAAAAACUACAGUAGCUCCUUUAGACAGGAUAAAAAUUCUUUUGCAAGCUCAUAAUAAACAUCACGAAUCUCACGGGGUACUGAAAGGAUUAAGACACGUCGUUUCAAAUGAAGGAGCAUUCGCCCUUUAUAAAGGUAAUGGAGCUCAAAUGGUUCGCAUUUUCCCGUACGCAGCCAUCCAAUUUACUUCUUUUGAAAUAUACAAAAAAUACUUGGAUGGAGUUUUUGGCGAAACGUCUCACAUCGAUAAAUUUCUGGCGGGAGCAGCUGCAGGACUGACUUCGGUAACGUGUACUUAUCCGCUAGAUACCAUCAGAGCCAGAUUGGCGUUUCAAAUAACGGGAGAGCACGUUUAUACUGGUAUAGUUCAUGCCGCAAUUACAAUUUUUAAGGAAGAAGGUGGCACUCGAGCCCUGUACAGAGGCUUCACUCCUACCCUUAUGGGGAUGAUUCCCUACGCUGGUCUCUCUUUCUAUUGUUUCGAAUAUAUCAAAUACGGUUUCAUGAAAUAUUUACCUAAAUGGGCGUGCAAUAAAUGCGAAAAAAAUACAGGAGGAUUAGUAUUGACCAUACCGGCUAAAUUGGUAUCUGGUGGAUUAGCCGGGGCUGUUGCACAAAGUAUUAGUUAUCCUUUGGAUGUAACUAGAAGGAGGAUGCAAUUGGCGAUGAUGAACCCCGAAACUCACCAUUAUGCCAAAAGCAUGUUUGCAACACUAGUCAACAUAUAUAAAGAGCACGGUAUCGUUAGAGGACUUUACAGGGGAAUGUCGAUAAAUUAUAUGCGUGCCAUACCAAUGGUGGCCGUAUCAUUUUCCACGUACGAACUUUCCAAACAAUUUUUGAAUUUGGAUACCGGAUUAAAAGUUAGCGUCGGUUAAAACUUGUUAGAUUCGAUUUUAGAUCAAUUUUUAAAUAGCUGGGGGGUGUAUUUAAACGAAAAGGAGAAUAGCAUUUUCACUUUUUUUAAAAUGUUGCAGUUAAUUAAUAGUAACCUUUAGUUAAUUUAUAGAGUUUAAAUAAUCAAAAUUUAAUUUUUUUAGGACAAAAAGUGAACGAGAACUAGAAAAUGUGAAACGUUAUUUAUUUUUUUUAAUAAAAGAAUAUAAAAACC